AUGGGCCGGCAGGUUUCCUCGAGACUGUUAUUUCCGGUUCUGAGGUGGGUGAUUAUAGUGGCGUUACUGGCUGAUUCAGUCGAGUCUGGUAUUAUAGAAAGCGGGUUUGUUGGUGGCAGUGAGUUGGGAAAUGUGGCUGUUGAGCUGAUAAAUGUGAAUGCAGUUGAUUCAGUGGGAUUUGGACCGGCUGGUGCUGGUGCCGGUGCUGGUCUUAGGACUCAGGCCCCUGAUGAUUCAGGUACCAAUUUUUUUGAAGAGGAUCAGGCUGGACUGAAUGAUGCUGGCGUCGAGAUUUUGGCCGAGGAAAAGUGUGAAGACGUUCGGUUAGCGGAGAACAAGUGCCAGUUUGUCCAGGAUCACUGUCGUCUCGAGAAUUUCGGGCUUGUGGACUAUCUUUCGCUGUACUAUUGUGGCAGUAGUGGGUUGACUGAUGGCGGUAGGGGUGACGAAGGUGAUCUUGAUCCUCCUCCUGUUAAAGAUUCGUCGGUGGUGUCGAGAUUGGUUUCGUUAGGUGUAAUUAUAUUAUGGCUUUGUAUCCUGUUUAUGACGAUUGGCAUUGCUGCUUAUGACUUUCUGUGCCCGAACCUGUCGACAAUGGCUAAUUUGCUAGGACUGGCCGAGUCUGUUGUGGGAGUCACUUUUCUGGCUUUUGGUAAUGGUGCUCCUGAUAUGUUUAGCACGUAUGCUGCGGUGAGAAUCGGGUCUGGUUCUUUGGCAGUAGGUGAACUGAUUGGUGCUGCUACGUUUAUUAUUGCCGUGGUAGCUGGAUCAAUGGCGGUAGUCAAUCCGUUUCGAGUGUCUCGCAAACCGUUUCUUCGAGACAUGACUUUUUUCACUGUGUCUGUGUCGUUUUCUCUUUAUUUCAUGUAUGAUGGACUGCUACAGCCCUGGGAGUGUGCAGUUAUGUUGUUGCUGUAUGUUGGUUACGGUGUUACAGUAGUUUACUGGCAGAUGAGACACAAUGAGAAGAAACAGGAACGAUUGUUGAAGGUGAAGGGCGUGCCAGAAUCUGCUUCCAGUGGUCGUACUUUGGAUAUUGGGGUUGCUGAACAGGGAAAUGUACUGGGUAGAGGAGUUAGAGAAGUUCUCAGUGAGGGUGGUGGUGGUGGUAGUGUUGCGAAAAGACAGUCUUCGUCUGAUACAUUUCAUGACGAAAUUUUGGAGGUUGAAGAAGAAGAUAUGGUUGAUGAUGCCAGUGAAAUAAGCAGAUUGUUGCGUGUCAACAGACGUCCUCAUCAUAAUACUAAUUAUCAGGCGAUAUCUGAAGAGUCGGAUUUACAGUCGGAUUUGCAGUCGGAUUUUGUAGACAGGUCGUACAGACGAGCACUGGCUUCCGAGACAGACAUAGCAAAGUCAUUAAGAGGAGCUGGAGCAGCUGGAGCAGCUGGAGCAGCUGGAAUUCAUGGAACACCUGGCACACCUGGAGAUGGCUCUCAUAAUACAUCACCUACGAGCCAGCAUCUCUCUGUUCAUUCGAGAACACGAUCCUCGUCACGAUCUCGGUCCAGUUCAAGAUCCAGAUCCAGAUCCAGAUCUCCUGGUCACAUUCAUUUGUACCAAACACACAAUUCUCACGAGCGACCACAUCUCCAUUCUAAACAACACUCUUCUCACGAACUCCAAUCUCAUGUUGUCAGAUCAAGCUCUCCUUCUCAAUCGUUAUCACCUUCCAUGUCAGAUUCACAUUCACAAUCACGAUCUCGUUCCCGGUCACCUUCUCCUCUCCCACCCGUACGCUCUUCAGUAGUAAGUGCAGUUGAUUUCCACAACAUCGCAUCUAGAAUACCCACUCAUAGACAUUUAGCCUUCGAUAGACCGUACAGCCCACGAACAUCCAGUUUUGAACGACUCAACAGUGCCACUGGAAGACCACCCACUCGCACUCUAUCCACAUCCUACCUACCAUUAUUAUCGCAUCGCAAGGAGAAUCCAGUCCCCCAACUAUUAAUAACCGAAGACAGUGGUACCUCUAACAAAUCACCGACAACCACUUCAUUUCCUCCAUCACAUCACAAAAACAGUCCGGUCAACCCUGUCAUAACUAAACUAUCAUCAGGCAGUGCGCCUGCCAGUCCACUUAGUGCACCUCCAAUCAGCAGAACUGGCGGAACCGACAUAGAUUUCUUCCAUUCAGUCCACUCUCCAAACUCGAAACCUAUAUCUAGUCCGCUGAACGACCACCAUGAACACAACAUCGACGACGCCUUACGAGGACGGCAACGGCCUACUCUCACCAUCGAUACAAGCACACAGCUGUCUGAACCCACAAGUGCCGACGUAAUAGAAGAACUCGAGCACCUGUACCAAUACAAAGACGAUCUCGACUCAGAACGACCUGAAGUUCUGCGCAUUCUAUUUCCAUCUUUGUCAGCAUUAUCAGCCAAGAGCUGGUACAACGUACUCUCCAGUCUGCUGGCAGUGCCAUCAAUACUCAUUCUCACUUGUACCGUGCCAGUCUUCGAAAGCACUCCAUCAAACGAAAACGAAGAAAUCAUCAGUCCUGAUACCGAACAAGUCAGUGCCAUACCACCUGACGCUCUUCUGGCAGCAGCAGAACAAUCAGAACGCGAACAAUCGCCAUUAUGGCUUCUUGCCGUCAAUUCUUUGAUGUCGCCAAUAGCAGUAGCAUUCUGUGUAACUGGCGGAUUGGGCUGGCACGAGCUAUCCAUCUGUCUUCUCUGUAGCGCUGGCCUGCUGUGUAUGUUAUAUCUCAUCGACCAACAUCCCCAUGCACUUCCAACUGUGUCAUUUCUUGGGUUUGCCGUCGUCAUUGCCUGGAUAGCCACCAUCGCAUCUGAAGUAGUAGCUAUUCUGAAAGCACUUGGAAUUAUCUUCCACCUCUCCGAAGCCAUUCUUGGUCUUACUGUCUUUGCUAUUGGCAACUCUCUCGGAGACCUGAUCACUGAUAUCACCCUAGCACGACUCGGAUUCCCCACUAUGGCCCUUUCCGCCUGUUUUGGCAGUCCCCUUCUCAACAUCCUCGUCGGCAUCGGCCUUUCAUGUCUAGCAGUGAUGCUUGGACCCGCGUCCAUGCGUCCCGACGUCGGUCGAGGCGGGUCCUACAGCAUCGAAGUGUCACCAACACUCGUCAUCUCGGGCGCUACGCUCCUCCUGACCUCGUUCUUCCUCCUCAUAUUCGUGCCCCUCAAUAACUGGCGUAUGUCCCGGACAAUCGGACUCUGUACAAUCACCUUCUGGCUGGCCUCCAUCGCCAUCACCCUGGCCUUGGAGUUCCUCUCUUAA